ACCAAAUCCGGGUUAACCAACGGGUUGAGGUUUUCGACACGAUUGUUCAAGGAAAAGGCUUCCUCGUACGUCUUUUCUUUAGUAUCAACUUGGCUGAAUAAUAAUAUGACUUGUUGAAUAUGGAACUUGUGCGAUAGUUUGUCAAAAAAAAAAAAAAAAAACUUGUGCGAUAGUGAAGAAAGGGAGGCAGGGACAAGGGAGAAGAUCGAGAGUGGGCAAGAAUGGCAUACAGUUCUGGAGAUGAGUCGAUCUUGAAAUCUGCAGUGGCGGGGGGAGAGUGGGCGAAACAGAUGAAAGAGCAGCUGGAAGAUCUAGAGCCCCAUCAACUGGUGCCAUCAAUUUUCCAGGUGCCGGGAUACUUGAGAAUUUGGGAUCCCAAAUCCUACACUCCACCGCUUGUGGGUCUGGGACCCUUUCACCAUUUCCGGCCUCAGCUCUGGGAUAUGACCGCCGUCAAGCGCCGGUUCGUAGAACAAGGCAUGCGGCGCCGGUUCAAUUCCCCGGAAGGCGGGGGCGGCGACGACUUGAUUGAAAACUUCAGGACCAAAGCGGUGACCCCCUUGCUCCCGGCAAUCAGAGCACAGUACGAUUCCCACCUCGACAUCCUCGAUUCGUCACUGGCAUCGCUCGUAGCACUCGACUCCCUCUUCCUGGUCGAGCUGCUGCUCCUCCUCCUCGGGGGUUCUGGUGACGGAGAUCAUGAUGAAGCUGCUGCUUAUUGCGCUUCCAUCCUGAUGAACGACGCGGUGAUGUUGGAGAACCAGAUCCCUCUGUUUCUGCUGGAAGAACCCAUAUCCGCGCUGCUGCAGGGUUGGCACUCUGACGACGGCGAGGCAGGGCUGUUUCCCGCGGAGGAUGAGUUGAGCCGCGUUUACCAACACCUUUCUCCCCUGCAAUUCUCGCGUUUGCCUGGUGAUAAUCAUCCUCGUCGGCAUUUGUUGGAAUGCUUCUACUUUCAAAUCGUGGGGGGUGGUGGUGCUGUCCAGGACCAGGCUGCUGCCACCACAAGUUUCCUCCGCAUAUUGGAAAUGGCGCCUCCUGGUUUGCUGAAUAAAGUAGAGAGCACUGCCGUUGAGUUCAAUGUAUUCGAUCUAUUCUACGAUGCUUUUGAAGCAGCAGGUGCCAAAAUUCUCAAGCGCGCCGGGAUGUUCUGGCUAGCCCGUAUCGCGUUGGCAGCGAUCGGAGCUAUCAGGGCCCGCCUGCCAUACGACGAGGCUUCGAUUCCUGCUGCUUCGCUCCUUGCUCGACAUCUAGACCUGAGAAUACUCCCCGCCGAGGACGCCGUCAGUAGCAGCUUCAGAGCGAUGGUCAGCUUCGACGAACAGAAAAGAACCCUCCGGCUUCCGGUGCUCACACUGAAACCAAACUGCGGGACGCUCCUCAGGAACCUGGUGGCGUACGAACACAUGACGAGAACCGACGACGCCCGCGUCUUGAUCGGCUACUUCAAGCUGAUCGCCGGGUUGACCAGAACCUUGGAGGACAUGCGGUUGCUCAGACGCGCUGGUGUAAUUGUGGCGGGCGGCGGUGAUUGGAGUGCUUUGAAACUCUUCUUCUCCCAAAUGCCGCCGGUCGCUCUGGACAUGGCAACAUUGGAAGACCUGGCGCACGCGGACGUGAUGGCGAAGAUGGCGGCCGCCGAGGAGCUGGAGGCAGCGGUGAACGAGAUGAAGGCGGCGACAAUGGAGGCAGGGACGAAGCUCGGGGCAACAGCAGCUGCCAAAGGCGUGGCGUCGAGGACAGCUCUAGAUCCACAGAUUCAGGCCCUCGUCUGCUGCUAUAACCGCGAACCGGGGGUUAUUGCUCGUAACCGCAGGCUACGGUGGAUGAAACUCGGGCUCAAGAUUGCAGCCGUGGCAUUACUGAUUUACGUUGCAGUUGCGUGCGUCGCUGUGAUCACAGAGACGGUGUAUAAACUCGUGUCGCUAGAUUGCCUGUACCAGUGGCCAUGCUGUCCUGGAGGCCUGUUCUCGGCCCUCAUCACACUGGUCACCGGUGGUUUUAUUCUGAACCUAGUCCGGGCUCUGUUGUGACAAAGCUUGAUUCCUGCUCCCAUCGAGUGUAUGCCGCUGUUUUACGGAUGGAAAGAGUUGUUACUUGUUACUGAGAUCUUAAGCAUAUGACCCUCUCUACUUCGAAGAAUCCUGUGUUGUAUUCUGUCUAGAUUUACAGGACAAAGACAGAAGAAAUAUAUUAGUCAAGUCAGCCCUACUUCAAAACUCCAGUCAUUCCAGCGCCAUCUGGUCGCUAAACUGUUCACGGAAUCAAAAGCGCGCAGCAUCAGCUCUCUUUGUCAUUCAGCCGCUGGCGUCAAUUCAUACUAUCAGCCGGUGAAGAAUUCGGCAGUCUGCUGGCGCAUUUCCAUUCCCUUUUUCCAGCUCGAAACAGAGUAGGAAGAACACGAAAUAAAAGGAAACCCAACGU